AUGAGCACACCACAGGUUCGCGACUCCCUGAAGUACACCAGGAUCUGCAAGUACUGGAGCUCAAACCGCUGCAAGCUGGGCAAGGAGUGCAACUUCGCGCACUCAGAACUCGAGUUGAGGAAUCAGCCGGAUUUGAUCGCCACACGCCUGUGCUUCCAGUACUCGUCCAAGGGCCGGUGCAAGAAGGGCGAGGCUUGCAAGUUCGCACACGGCAAGGCAGAGCUUCGCACUGUCCCCAAGGCUGAGAAGCGUGCGGACGAGCUUGAGCCUAUGAAAAUCCAGGUUGCGGGCAACCUCCCUGCGGCACCAGUCAGCCCAGUACUGAGCCCACGCAGCGCCUUGACAGAAGCGCUGAGCCCUCGCAGCCCUUGCAGCCCCUUCAGCCCCUACGGCAACAUUGGUCCCUGGGCCAGCACGUCUGGGCGUGUGCACGGCUACACUUCCGCUCGCGGGCUGAAGAACUUGGAUCUUGGGCUGGUUCCGCCGGUUCCGGUUCCGACGGUGCCGACGCUGUCCAUGCCUCCAAAGCGUGAGAGCAACCUGGGACCCCCGCCCGGCUUGUCCCUGCCUGCUGGCCCUGGCCUUGCGGGCCCUGCGGGCCCUGCUGGCCCUGACCCGGCCUCGGCCAAGGAGCUCAAGAUGGCUGCGUACCGAACCCCAUCCACAUCUGUUGACGACUUCCAAGCGAGCGAGCCAAGUGACUUCCUGUACUGCACCGCGGUUCGCUUCAUCGAGGGUGGCCGCUGCCUGGCAUACUGCCUCGUGUCUCGCCACCCGUUCGUGGAAGCCUUUGGGCAGCUGCUCGUGAUGUUGCACGACGGAGAGGAGGUGCUGGAAGAUGUGGGGGAGGCCAGACAGUUUCAAAUGAAGAUACAGUUGUUGGGCUUUUUCUAG